CUCAACUAACGGACCUACCGAUAGAUGGCUCUACCAGCUGUUUACUGUCGUCUGUAUUGCUCGCCAUAUUCGAAUUUGGCAAGAAUUUUCUCUCGGUGUGUACGGUGUAUAAGGAAUUAAGGACUAUCGAAAUGGUGAUUUCUUGUUUUGCUUUCAGUUGUACGAAGCGAUGGAGUAGGGAAAGUGACAUAUCAUUUCACAGGUUUCCUCUAGAGCACAAAGAGCUAUUAAAGACGUGGAUUACUUCCGUGAAGCGGGAAGAUUUUAAUCUUACGUCUUGCAGUUUUCUUUGCGGAAACCAUUUCCGACAAGAUGAUUACGUAGUGAGCCCUGGAACGUGGAAGAAACGUCUCAAACCCGAAGCAGUGCCAUCAGUUUUUGACUUUCCGACACAUUUGAUGCCACCAAAUAAACAGUCACGACGACAUGUUGUUAGGAUUUUGAGUGACAACGAUGAUUCUCCAUUUGAGCGUUCUGUGAUGGAAUCCGUGCUCGAUUUGCCCACUGCAGACGCUACUGAUUGCGUGGAGAAUGUUGUCAAUGAGAAUUCUUCCGUGGAAAGAAUGUCCCAUUUAUCCAAUACAGAAGCUGCGAAUUGUGUCGAAAACAGUGCAGUUGGUUCUUCAGUAAUUGAUUGUGGUAUAGAUUCAAGAUUCUUUAUUAGCCAUUGAUCAUGCAAGAUGAAAUAGGCUUCGUCAGUACAUAAAAUAAUAUUAAUAUUCCAGACACUAUAUAUAAGGCAUAGAUAUAAUUAGCAUAUGAGUAACUUACAAAUAACAUAAACCUUAAGCAGGUGACUACAAUGCUUAAUACAUAUUCUAGUUUCAGAUACAUACAAAGGUACCAAAACUGAGUUACAUUGUAGUAGCAAACACAGUAGUUACGUAACACAUCAUAACACUGGCAAAUAAAGUAGUUACCUAACACAGUUGAAAUACAAAGGUAUUAAAUAUGAAAUAUUUUGUAACAGUAUAUAUAGUAGUUAAUUAAGUUAAUUAUGCAAUUACAGGUUUAUCUCUGUGCUACUCAGAUCAUAAUAUUCUUGCAUAGAAUAAAAUGGAUUGUCAGAUAACCAAUUGUACAAAUUUUGUUUAAGAAUUUUUGUGGGCAUGUCCCGAGCAGAUUGCGGUAGUUUGUUGAAUAUUUUUAAGGUAUUCACUUUGUGUGAGUUACUACUUUUUGUUAGUCUGUGUCUUGGUAUAUCAUAAUCUGCCUUCCUUCUAUUGUUGUAGUUAUGAAUUUCUUCCCUGACAACACCUUCCAUACCAUUGUUUUUAAUGUGUAACACACAGAUAUAAAUAUACAAGUUUACAAUGGUCAACAGUCUUAGCCUUUUAAAGAGAGGACGACAGUGCUCCGUGGGACCGACUUUACACAUUAUGCGCAGCAUUCUUUUCUGCAUCAACAAAAUUUUGUUACUGUGAGAGCUGUGCCCCCAUAUGAGAAGGCCAUAUGUAAUAUGUGACUGGAAGAGUCCACAGUACAUUGUUCUCAGAAAGUUCAUGCUAAUCAUGUCCCUAAGUUUCCAAAGGAGAUAGGAGACUCUUGAAAGCUUUUUGCAAACCUGAUUUACGUGUUCUUCCCAGUUAAGUUUGGAAUCAAUAUGCAUUCCUAAUAGUUUUACAGUUUUGUUUUCUAUGGUUUUGGGUAACCCUAAGAGAAGCUGUUGUGUUUUCUCUGAGUUACACAGUAAUUUAUUGGAUGUGAACCAGUGGAUGGCUGAUUUGAGUGAUUCCUGUGUGUUAUUGUCCAAAGCUGACAUGUUCUGAUGUGAGGUGAGGAGGGUUGUGUCAUCUGCAUAGCAUAUGGUAGUACUAUUUAUGUGAUGAGGUAGGUCAUUGAUGGCUAUGAUGAAGAAGAAGGGUCCCAGAACCGAGCCCUGUGGUACACCAGUACUAAUUGCUGCUACAGGGGAGUAAUUAUUUUUAACUGAGACAAACUGUCUUCUAUUAUGAAGAUAUGACUCUAUUACUGCUAAUGCUGGGUUACAUACACCAUAAAAUUCUAGUUUUGCAAUCAGGGUGCCAAAGGGAAUGCAGUCAAAAGCUUUGCUCAGAUCACACAAGACAAGUGACACCAUAUUCCGGUCUUCAAAGGCUGUUAAUGUCUGGUCAACAAUUUCCAGGAUGGCCGCAGUGGUAUUUCUGCCCUGUCGGAAUCCGAACUGACUAUUGCUCAAAAGGUUGUGUGUCUCAAAAUAGCUACUUAAUUGAGUGUACAUAAGUGACUCAAAUACUUUAGAAAAUAUUGGCACAAUUGAGAUUGGGCGAUAACUUUUAGGAAGAUGUUUGUCACCCUUUUUAAACACUGGAAUAACUUUGGAAAUUUUGAGGGAGUCGGGAAACACUCCUGACUGUAAACAUUUAUUAAAUAUGAAUGCCAAUGGUUUAGCGAUCGAGUCUACAGUUUUUUUUACUAUGUAAUUGGAGAGCCAGUAGCAGUCCAUACUUUUAGAAUUUGAAAAUUUUGUGACUGUUCUUUUAAUCUGAGCAGGUGUGAUACUAUACCAGUUAAAGACAUGAUCUACUGGUGGAAGGGCAUUAAGUAAAUCGCUUGCAGAUGUAUCUGUUUUUUCUAUCUUACUUUCAAUUUCUUUAAUUGAGCUAAUGAAGUAGUCAUUUAGUUCCCUUGGAGUCAGCUGAGUUUCAUGUGUGUGACGUGUGGGAUUUUCUUGUGCUACAA